AUGUGCGGGUACCCCAUUUCCGUGGAGCUGGACACAGAGGUCAGCGUCUCGGUCAUGGCCGGGAAAGUCUUCAGGCGCACUUUCCCCGGCGUGUCCGUGGAGGCUUCGGGAGUGAUGCAGCGCAGCUCCAACGGGCAGCUCUCCCAGGUGCAGGGUCAGGCACAAGAGCUGCAGUGGUUACGGCGAGAGGGCAUCCUGGUGCCCGUCAAGAGGUCUGAAUGGACUGCUCCCAUCGUGCAAGUCCUCAAACGCGACGGAAGUGUCGGGAUCUGUAGGGAUUUCAAGGUUGCCAUCAACCCCGUCGAUACCAUCGAGAAGUACCCGUUGCCCCGGAUGGAAGAUCUUUUGUCGGCAUUGUCUCGUCAACAGAAUUUUUCCAAGCUCGACCUCAGAGAUGCUUACCAGCAGCGGGUGCUCCACGAUGCCUCCGGGAAGUGUCACAAUAUCGACAACUUUGGGGCUCUUCUAGCGUCUUUCUGA